UCAAAUUAUGUCAGUAUAAAAAUGACCAAGUGACUUAAGUUUGAAUUUUGUGUAAUUUUUAACUAUUUUUGCUCUAGAUUUAGAUCGUAACUCUUGAAGAAACAGUUUGAAUAAGCGAGAGAAUAUUAAGAUUAUAAUUAUUAUUUAUUUUAUCAGAUACUCCUCUGAAUAUCACCCAAACAACAAUGUUGAGUCGAACUAGAAUGAAAGGGGGCAAAAAAGAAAUAGAUCCUGAAGAACUCAUGAGGCGCAAAUUUCGGGCAAAAUGCAUGUUCCGCGCACUUGGCCGUAUGGUAAUGGCGAACGCAUACUGGCUGAUAGAAGGAAUAGACGAAUACGAGGGACUAGAAGAUGUGAAGCGUAGAGUAGAACAGGCUGUUCGAGGCAAAUCUAAAAAGAAGCAGCUAUUAAGUAUAAACGACAAAGCUUUGUUAAAUAAAGCAGCCCACGAAAGAACAGAAGCUGAAAGGAAAUAUUUAUAUCGAAUUAUUGGAGGUCUAAAAUGUUUCAAGCGUUAUCCUAACCAUGUGAAAAAGAAGUUAGCUGCAGUGACAUACUACAAGUACUAUGGUCCGGGACGAACUAUAGUACGUCAGCAGCAAGAGGCACAUGCGAUGUAUUUCAUCGUAAGUGGCGAUGUAGUCGUCACGCAGAUGAUCUUCGACGAGCUGCUUCAGAAGCACGUGUCAGUGGAGGUCGGCUCUAUGCACACCGGCGACAUGUUUGGAGAAGUAUCACUCCUGCAUAACAUCAAGAGAACUGCAACCGUUACUACUGUUGAUCACUGCGAGUUGCUGCUGCUAAUAAGGGAGGACUUUAAAAAUGUUUUACAAGCGUCCGUGCAGAAACAAUGGGACGAAGUCCAGAACGCAAUGUCUGCAUUUACUUACUUCGAUGCUUUCGAUGAGGUGUCGCGUCGCGAUGGCUGCAUUGUAGCGAAAAUGAAAUCGUAUGAAGCAAAUGAGACUGUGCUCGGUGACGGGGUGGGCGUGCCUAACUUCGUCUACUUCAUCCUCUCGGGCCAAUGCCAGAUGAUAGAGUCCAUUCAAGUGACGGUCGAGACACAUCUCGGAAAGAAUUACUACAAGCUUUACGACCCCUAUGUACCACCUAAGGAAAGUGAGCAAGAUUUGGAUACCAAAUAUUUUGGGGCGUAUCAAAACAAGAGUAAGGACAGCGAUGUGAAGGAAGAAAUUUCGAUUGGUAAAGUACAAUCUUCAGCAAAACACUCAAUACACCUCGCUGAAACGUCAACAAGCAUAGCAGGUUCUUAUAAGAAAAAGUCAAGCAUUUUAAAGCCGGAUAGCGGACCUGAGUCUGUUGAAUAUGAAGAAGGGAUACGGCAUAGUACCGAAAGCAGUCGUCUCCUUGUUCAUAGCCAAACCGGCUCUGAUUCUGGGAUUAAGGAAAAGGAUCUCUUAAAACCAGCAGAGCAAGGCUUUCGGGAAUCAAUAAGAUUAAGUGUUGUUCCUGAAAUAGUACGUCAAACGCCAAAAAAUAUCCGCACCUAUUUCAUGCAGGUGUGUCAGUUUAACCCAGGGUCGACUUUCGGGUUUGGUGAGAACAUGCGAGACCGUCGCAUCAUCGCGCUAACGCAAAUGGACUGCAUGCUUUUGCCCAGCAUCUGGCUGAUGCAGAGAAACGCCGCCAACAUAUGGUCUCGCAUAAAACAUUAUCUCGAUAAGAAAAUUCCUUCGAAGAAGCAGCUAUUUAAAGAGUUUGUGUCCACGCGCCGCUGGGAGACUUACCGCGAACAGAUCGUCUCGGAUGUGGUCUCCCGGACCAACACGGUUAACUGGACCACGGUGCACGAUGUGCCCUACUCUAUACGCAUCGAGGAGAUGACGGAUGUAUAA